AUGAAUCAAGAAGACCAAGGCGAUGUUUCUCCAAUACAACUAUUAAGAACAGCUAUAGAUGAUCCUUCAGUUUUAAUUAAUAUGGUGGGCCCAACCGGAAGGGAUGGUAAUAAUGAUGAAGCUCAUGAGGCAGGAACUCGAUUUGUACAACAAUUAUUUCGUAAUGUAUCCCCAGAAGAAAGAAACAUAUGGUUAGACCAAUUGAAUGAUCUUCUUGCACAAGCACGAAGAGAUCAAAGUAGAAGGAAAAGAAAAACUUUCCGUUUAGAAUGGUGGUAUAAAAUCCCAUUCCCUAUAAUAAAUUUCAAAAGGUUAUAUCAAAAGAUUGACUUUACCGUCUUACUCAUGGUAUUCACCAUGAUUACUAGGUACCUUAUUAUCAUUAUGAGAGUGUUGACAUUCAUGGUAGUCAUUGGUCCAUACUUGUAUCAUUUAUUCAAUGUAUUUGCAACUUUGUUUAAUUUAGUUUCAUUUUCAUCUAAUUUUGCAUCUGAUGUGUCCUCAUUUUGUGCAAGAGGUAGACCUGCCCUCUUGGAAUUACGUACAAAGAUGUUCAUAAGUGGGAAUGAAUCGGCAAUAAGCUGGAUCUACUAUUUAAUUGAUAACAAUGAAAUUCCAAGCUUAAUAUCAUGGAAUUUCAUAAAACUUGUAUAUAAUUCAUUGGAGGCAAGUUUGCUCCCAGUUACUUGUUUAUCUGAUGGUAUCCACGCAUCUUGCUAUUUACUGGAAUCAAGUUUAAUCUAUAAAUUUUCAGAUGUGAUAGUAGAACAUUUCAAUAUUCCAGCUGAUAGUUAUUGGGUACAUCCACUCACUAUGAUUGUAUAUUUGACAUACUUAUUUCUGGCAUUCUGGUUAUGUUCAACAAUCCUCACCAUGGUGACAUACCUGAUGAGGGUAAAGCUUUCAAAGUAUGUUGGAUUUGCAAAGAAUUUAAUUAAUCUAAUAAUUAAUUAA